AUGCCACCAAAGCGAAAGACCACGGCCGAGCCCAAUAGCUCGCACGCCCCCAAGAAAAGCAAGCCCGAUCUGCACCAACCGCAUCCAAACGCGAAGCAAACCGAGGACUUCGGCAUUGUUCUACGCCAGUUCUAUCCCCCAGAGAUGAGCAAUGAGCGAUGCCAAGCAUACAUAGAUGGAGAGCUGGAACGUCCCAUUGAAACGUUGCAGAAAGCCUGCCAGGAAACCGCGGACAAGCGCCGGUCAAUUCAACCUGGCAGCGCAGUUGUCCAUUGGUUCAAGAGCGAUCUGCGACUUCAUGAUAAUAGAGCCUUGCACGCGGCAUACCAGACUGCCAAAAACCAUGGUAUCCCGUUGAUCGGACUCUAUAUUGCCUCGCCCGAGGACUGGUCUGCUCAUUUGACCAGUCCUCCUCGAGUGGACUUCACCCUGCGCAUCCUGAAAAGGCUCCAACAGGACCUAGGCGAGUUAGAUAUCCCGCUGUAUAUGGAAACACAGGAGAAGCGAAAGGCAAUUCCGAAGCGCAUCGUGGAAUUGUGCCAGAAUUGGGGCGCCAAGCACCUUUAUGCGAACAUCGAGUAUGAAGUGGACGAGCUCCGCCGUGAGGCCAAGUUGGUCCGCUUAUGUGCGGAGAACGAUGUUAGUUUCGCUCCGACCCAUGACACCUGUGUCGUCACUCCCGGUGCGCUGGCGAGUCAACAAGGGAAACAAUAUGCGGUGUAUACGCCAUGGUAUCGCUCCUGGUUGGCGUUCUUAAAGGAGAACCCUGACUACCUCGAAGCAUCUGAGGAGCCUGGCUCGAACCCUGGAAACGCACGCAAAGACUUCAAGGAUUUGUUUGGCAGCGAGGUGCCCGCCACGCCGAAAAACAAAGAGUUGUCUGAUGCCGAUAAAAAGCGCUUUGAGGAGCUUUACCCCGCAGGAGAACAUGAAGCUCUCCAACGACUGGAUAAGUUCCUGGAAGAGAAGGGGGAAAAGUAUGAGGAGAUGCGGAGUAUCGUAGCUGGCGAACAUACUUCCGUCCUCAGUCCGUACUUUGCGUCGGGCGCUUUGAGUGCCAGAACUGCUGUUAUCACAGCCAAGAGAGCCAACAAGAACCACCUCGACCGAUAUGAUCCGGGCUACAUGACUUGGAUUAGUGAAGUAGCCUGGCGCGACUUUUACAAACACGUUUUGGCAAACUGGCCAUUCAUCUGUAUGAACAAGUGUUUCAAGCCCGAGCAUACCAAUAUCGAAUGGGAAUACGACCAAGACCUCUUCCAAGCCUGGUGCGACGGAAAGACCGGAUACCCGAUCGUCGAUGCAGCAAUGCGACAACUUCGUCACUCGGCCUGGAUGCACAACCGUACGCGGAUGGUGGUCUCGUCCUUCCUUACCAAGGAUCUAAUGCUGGACUGGCGCCGUGGCGAGCGACACUUUAUGGAGAAUCUGAUCGAUGGAGACUUCGCUUCCAACCACGGGGGCUGGGGCUUCGGAUCCAGCACGGGCGUUGACCCGCAGCCCUAUUUCCGCAUCUUCAACCCGCUGCGCCAGAGCGAGCGCUUCGAUCCUGAGGGCGAGUACAUCCGCCAUUGGGUGCCGGAGCUGCGCGAUGUGUCCAACAAAGCCAUCCAUGAACCUUACGCACGCGGGGCUGCGGCUAUUGCGCAAAAGAAUGGGUAUCCUAAGCCGAUCGUGGACCAUGCCAAAAGUCGUGAUCGGGCGCUAGAGCGGUUUAAGAGUGCUCUUCAGAAGAGCUGA